GUCCUCGUUGACCACCGUGUCCUCUUUCCACAUCUGUUAACAAUUUGUUUCUUUUCGUUUCAUAUCUAGCAUCUCAGAUAACACAUUAAAACGAUGUGGCAAGAUAACAAUCCCUAUGGAAGCACACCUCAGCAGGGCCAAUAUUACGCACAACCUGCGGCAGCACAACCAGGUGUACCACUUCAAUUCUACGCGCCGAGUCCUGUUGGCACUACCUUUUAUCCCGGUUCGCGAUCUAGUUUGGAGGGGAACGUUGGUGCCCAAGGGAGUAUGGCUCAGCAGGGCGCUGUGCCCACAUAUGGAGGAAACAUCCAGUCCGCUGGAGGGUGGUGGACCGCGUUUGGGACAGGUGGUUUGGAGGGCGAGCCACCGCUGCUAGAAGAGCUCGGGAUUAAUUUCUCUCACAUACGUGCAAAGUCUCUCACUGUGCUCCAUCCAUUCCAAAGGGUGGACGAAAGAAUCAUGGAUGAUGCCGACCUCGCAGGUCCCCUGCUUUUCAUCAUUUGCUUUGGCAUUUUUCUGCUCUUUUCCGGAAAACCUCAAUUCGGCUACAUCUAUGGUGUCGGAUUAUUGGGCUCUGCCUCAAUAUACACCUUGCUGAACCUAAUGUCAGAAAGAGGAAUCGAUGCAUAUAGAGUUGUUUCGGUACUGGGUUACUGUCUACUACCUAUGGUAGGAGUUGGUGCUCUCAGCGUCAUGGUCACGCUAGACGGCAUGGUUGGAUACGUACUCUCCGUGCUCUCAAUACUCUGGUGCACGUAUGCAGCUUCUGGUAUCUUCGUUGCGGUUCUGCAAAUGUCAGAUCAGAGACUGCUAGUCGCAUACCCCGUUGGUUUGCUCUACGGCUGUUUUGCCCUCCUUAGUGUUUUCAAUGCUGCUGCUGUUGGCACGACAGGUUCUACGAAGUAGAUCCCUUCAUAUCGAGUGUACGAUCGCUUCUAUUGACAGGUUCCCUGCUUGCUUAUUCCAUGCGACUUAGGAGGUUCUUAAGUUAUACCAAAUAGAUACCAGUAAGUUAUGUACAGCUGUUCCGUCCCUGAUUGAUCCAUGUCCAGAGAAAAGAGAAAAGAGUGAAAAGUCUCAAUAAUAACCACACUACUUUGGAGGCGCAGACUGGUUCACCUUCAACUGCCGACUAUAUAGCCGCAGCAGCACCUUCAUGAUUUCUUCCGUAGGUAACGUCGCAUAUUCAUGUACGUAUUGCGGCAGAGAGUCCUCCAGACUAAAACCUGCCUUCUUCAUGAAGAAAGGGUGCAUCACAUCUGGAGUUGCCUC